AGUUCUCUUACACUCACAAGAAAGCAAUAACAGAAAGCAAUGGCGACUCAAAGACUAGCUUUGAUCACACUUCUCUUAACCCUUUCCACGCUCUCUUCCUCACGCGCUGACAAUGGUGGCAUCGCCGUGUACUGGGGGCAAAACCUUAACGAAGGCACAUUGACAACCACAUGUGACACUGGUAACUAUGAAAUUGUGCUCCUCGCUUUCCUCACCCAGUUCGGUGCAGGGAGAACCCCAGCUUGGAACUUCGCCGGUCACUGCGACAAUGGUGCCUGGAAACAUUGCACUGAACUAGAGUCCGAAAUAAAAUACUGCCAGGGGAAAGGCAUCAAAGUGCUCCUUUCAAUUGGAGGAGACAGUCCAAACUACUCAAUAAGCUCGCCGGAGGAUGCAAAGGAGGUGGCCAACUACAUCUACACCAACUUCCUAAGCGGCAAUUACGGUCCAGUGGGAAGCGUCACGCUGGACGGCGUCGACUUCGACAUCGAAAGGACGGAGGAUUACUGGGACAACCUUGCCAGGGAACUCGACUACUUCCGACAAACGACAGGGCGUUACUUUUACUUGUCGGCAGCCCCUCAGUGCCCUACAGACCCAAUCUACUAUCUCGGCAAAGCCAUCGCCACCGAACUCUUCGACUACAUCUUCGUUCAGUUCUACAACAACCCUAAUUGCUCCUACGUCAAUGGCAUCCCCGGUAUCUUGAACUCCUGGGACAAGUGGGUAAGCUUGGUCGCCUCCAACAACUCGCUCUUCGUUGGCGUGCCAGCAGCGCCCAGCGCCGGCAAUGGUUACAUUUCGCCGGAGGUACUCAACACCCAGGUGCUUCCGCACGCGAAGCAAGCCCCCAACUACGGGGGAGUGAUGCUGUGGGAUAGAUACCGCGAUCUUCAGAACGGUUACAGUAAUAGCAUACUGCCCAAUGUGAUUAAAUCUAAGUUGCAGGUGUCUGUGGCGUCCGUUUCCGACGCAAUUUACCGGUGCGUGUCCAAGGCGUUGAACCGCGUCUUAGAUUACUAGGUAGUUGAAAGGUACGACAACUACCUUAGACAUGUAUUAUGUACGGAAUAAAUAACAUGUCAGCUAUGUGUUCCUUACCU